ACAGGGUAAGGCUAAAGUUACUAACUUCCUAACAAAUGAAAAUCUGCACGUAUCCAUGAGGUUCUAGGCUAACUGGCUGCAUUAGCCAAGACGUCCUGUAUAUUUAUUGACUUGUCCAGUACAAAACCUCCCUUUUCUUAUUUUUGCCAUUUUUUUUUUUAGUAUAUGUCUGAUGAAGGAUUAAACGGCAUGCGGAGUCCUCAGCCGUCAGAUGUCACUUCACAACAAAAGGUAAUUUAAAGCCGUAAAUGACUGACUCCCUCGCAUCGCCAGGAGCUGUUUGAGCUGAAAAAACUUAAAGAUGGCGUUUAUUAAACAGGAGAGUGAAGAUCUGAGGAUCACAGAAGUGUUCACACUGAAACAAGAAGAUCACGAGGAACAAACAGGUCUAAUGGUGCUGAAAGAAGAGACUCAAGAAUUUAAUGAAAUGGAGGAAAUAGAUCAGUAUAGAACACAAGAUUUACGGACUGAUGAAAAAUCCACAGAAGGAGAUCAGGAAACCGAAUCUAAAUUCAAGUGCUGUCACUGUGGGAAGCAUUUAAGACAUAGACAAAACCUUAAAACCCACAUGAGAGUUCACACUGGAGAGAAGCCGUUCACCUGCAAACAGUGCGGGAAGUGUUUUUCUCGGAAUCAAAACCUCACAGCUCACAUGAGAGUUCACACUGGCGAGAAAGAUUUUACCUGCCAGCACUGUGGAAAGUGUUUCACUCGAUACCAAAACCUGAAAGUUCACAUGAGAAUUCACACUGGUCUGAAGCCGUUUACUUGCCCAAAAUGUGGAAAGGGUUUCAGUCAAAAAGCACACGUUAUGGACCACAUGAGAGUCCACACUGGAGAGAAGCCUUUUAUCUGCCAAAAGUGUGGAAAGAGUUUCACUAAAAAGCAAAACCUUCACGUUCACAUGAGAAUUCACACUGGAAAGAAACCUUACACUUGCUCUGAAUGUGACAGGUGUUUUACACAGAAAAGCAGCCUGAAUUGCCACAUGAGAACCCACAAAGGUCUAAUGGUGCUAAAAGAAGAGACUCAAGAACUUGAUGAAAUGGAGGAAGUAGAUCAGAAACACAGUUUAAGGACCAAAAAAGAAGUUCAGGAAACUAAAUCUUAUAUGUGCCGUCACUGUGGGAAGAGUUUCUGUCAUGAAAAGAACCUUAAAAUCCACAUGAGAGUUCACACUGGAGAUAAGCUGUUCACCUGCAAGCAAUGUGGAAAGGGUUUCAAUCAAAUUCAAAACCUUGAAGUUCACAUGAGAACUCACACUGGAGAGAAGCCUUUCAUUUGUCACAAGUGUGGAAAGGGUUUCAAACAAAUUCAAAACCUUGAAGCUCACAUGACAAUUCACACUGGAGAGAAGCCUUUCGUUUGUUACCUGUGCGGAAAGGGUUUCACUCAAAAGCAAAACCUUCAAGUUCACAUGAACCUUCACACCGGAGAGAAACGCUUUAAUUGCCAACAAUGUGAGAAAAGUUUCCCAGUAAAACACACUCUUAUAAUGCACAUGAGAGUUCACACUGGAGAAAAACCUUACGCCUGCUCUGGAUGUGGAAAGGCUUUUAAACAGAAAAGCGGCCUUUAUAGCCACAAUAAAGUUUACAAACAUUAGCGAUCUUUUACCUGGCAACUGUGGAAAGAGUGUCCCUGCAAAUCAAGGUGAUAGUUAGUUUUCAUGUGUAACACUUUUACCACAUCAAACUUGUGUUGUUUUGUUGUUGUUUGGGAAGGAGCUGAAACUGUCAUGCUGUGUUCACACCAGACACGGAACGCAUGAAUAAAUCGUGCUAUUCGCGCGUAUAAGAGGCGUGAACAUUUUGAGUUCUCCACGCUUCAUUCGUGCGUCAGAUUCACUUCAAAAUAGAUGCCGAUUCACAUCAUGGGCAGGACUUCUGUCUGCCUGGUGACUCUAGCUUCAUUGCCAAAUGGCUAACAUGGACUGUGCUUUAGGAAGGCUGAUAAACAGCUUCGAUUAGUUUAGAGCCGCGAUUAAACGACUAGAUCCAUUCAGAGGUGCACCAGCCCUGUGAGUUCAUAAACUCCUCCACAAGCUAUAGCUGAAUGAUAGAGGCUUUCACCAGUGCUUCAGACUGAGCCGAGCCUAGUUUGAUGAACUGUUGUCCAACGGUGUCGGCAAGAGGAUUUCCCCUAGGACACCAACAACAGGCGCUAUGUCAUAAUCACGCCCCUACAAGAGAAACCUCCUGAUUGGUUAAUGAGGCGCAAAAUAUCCCCUAAAGUUCAGAUUUUCCAACUUGAGCAAUUUGCGUGAUAUGCACGUUAAGUGCGUCAAUUGGCCAAAAUACUCAACUCACGCCACUUCAUUUGCAUGAAUCAAGUCAUUCGUGUUGCAGGACUUCUGCAGAUUGAUGCGUGCGUCGUGAAUCUGGCAUCAGAGUCUAGAAAAAUGAUUUGGUCGUCCCAGACAAAUUUGGGAAAUCCUAAAAGAUUCCUGUAAUCCUUGGCAAAAACCUGAUUUUUGAUCGUUGGUUUGACUCGUUCAACACAGAAUGACCAUUGCAAUCAAAUUUUACCUCAGAAACCAACCAACAGGAGUACAGAAUCUGAUGAUGCAGUCAGCUCGACAACUUCAAACCACUUAUUCAGCUUGACAUUGAAAACUGAGGUCUUACAGCAGGGGUCACGAUUCUUGGUCCUAGAGGGCCACUGUGCCUGUAAAGCAGGGGUGCUCAACCCUGUUCCAGAAGUUCUAUCUUCCAGCAGAAGUUAGCUACAACCCUUAUCAAACACAACUAAUGCUGCGGUCACAUUAGAGUUUGUGCUUGCAAAAUUCUGUCAUACAGCGCUGUGAAAAGGUGUGGGAUUAAACAAGAUGAUUAGACAUUAAAAAAAAGCAGGCAAUUGGUCCAUGUUUUAAACUUCUGUCCAGAGAGGUCAUGUUUUGACCCUCGAUUGGUCUCACGCAAUCAUAUGAUGCGAUUUCACAUGUCAGGAGUUCACCAAGCUUGAACUUCACAACACAGCAAACUGCGAAAACAUGCCGCACGACCUUGCGUUUCCGGUCUGAUACAUUCGCAUGUGUAUGAAUGGAAGUCUAUUGGGAGAAAAGUGCAGUGUGACCGCAGCUUAAGUAGGAUCUGAAGGAGAACUUGGCGAUUAAAGACAGGUGUGUUUGAUCAAGGUCGCGGUUGAACUUUGCAGGAAGGUAGAUCUCCGGGAACAGGGUUGCGCUCCCCUGCUGCAGAGUUUAUCUCCAACUUGUCUCAACACACCUGACUGCAAGUUUCAAGAACACCUGGUAAGACUUUAAUUAGCUUGAUCAGGUGUGUUUGACUAGGGUUGAAGCUAAACUCUGGAAGGAGUUUGGUAACCCCUGUCUUAAAAUGUUCAUGCAGUCUGACAUGCUACAAACGUUAAGUGAGUCUAAAGCUGCGAUCACAUUAGAGUUUGAGUAUGCGAUAUUCUGAAGUGUGGCGCUGUGAAAAGGGGCAGGAUUAAACAAGCUUGACAUUUAAAUUGCUCCAAGUUUUAAAUUUCUCUCCAGAGAGGUCAUGUUUUGAUCCUCGAUUGGUCUCACGCAGUCAAGUGAUGCGAUUUCGCAGGUCAGAGAUCACCAAGCUUGAACUUUGCACCGCAGCAACCUGCAAAACUUGACGCAUGACCCCGCGUUUCCGGUCUGACGCAUUCGCGUGCGUAUGAAUGGAAGUCUAUGGGAGAAAAAGCCCAGUGUGACCGCAGCCUAAAUGAAUGAGCCUGGCUUCACAGAAAAUCAGGGAUGACAUUAGAAGUAAUUGGAUCGAAGAAGCCAACUUAAAGCUUAACAAGAUGACACCUGGUGGAAAAGUGACCUGUGGAUUUGGAGGAGUGUGCAGUGGAUGUUGGAGAUGUGAUCUGCAAUACUUUUGAAAAUACUUUUGUUUUGUAUCAGACUUGGAAAAAAUAAUAAACAAGUUUAAUUGUUUAAUUCCGUAGUACAAAUCUCUAAUUAAAGAAUCAAAUUUGGGCUUCAAUCA